AAUCUCGUUAUUCAUGCGCGCAAAUAUGACGGUUUUAACUUGAAAUUUAUAAUCGUUUGUACGUUCACCGAAACAUAACAUCACUGAUCCCUAACAUCAACGUUACAAAUCGGGAAAUCGUGUUGGAAACAUGUUUCCACUGUGAAUCAUCGUGAACAAUAACCGGGACUCGAAUGUCUCUGUUUUGUCUGUUGCAGUUAAAAAGCGUUGGCCCAAAGCUAGUCCCGUUCUUUAAAAGUGUGUCCGUGUAUUUUAUAUUGCUAGCCGAGCAGCCGUCCCUACUCACGGCAUGCUUCAAGUGUUUGCCAAUUAUAAGUCUUAUCGUCUUUGUUCUCCUUCAUGGAAUUAGUUUAUCGCAGGAAUACACGUUCUCCAGACGCAUACUGACAGGGCUGAUAUUCAGUUGCAUAGGGGAUGCAUUACUGGUCUGGCCCAGUUGUUUCAUAGGAGGAAUGUGUAUGUUCGCUCUCGCUCAAAUCAUGUACAUCAGCGCGUUCGGUUUUAUACCACUUAACAUAAUGCUGGGCACGGUUCUGUAUGCAAUGUGUUCCAUAGUGAUAUACGCACUGAUGCCGGGUCUUAACGGUGUACUGGUUAUUGGAGUUCCAGUAUACACCAUACUACUGACUACCAUGGCAUGGAGAGCAAUCUCGAGAGUGCAGUUUUACAGGGAGUUAUGGACGUGGACUAAAUUAUGCAGUUGCAUAGGCAGUAUAUGUUUCCUGAUAUCCGAUACGUUGCUCGGCUUCCACUACUUCCACACCCCGUUGCCUUAUUCCCAGGUCUCCAUCAUGCUGACGUAUUACGCGGCCCAGUUGGGAAUCGCGCUUAGCGCCGUUGGAUCUAAAAACAACAACAAUGUUAGCAACAAGAGAGACGAACAGGUCAAUUCAAUCAAGGGUUGAAUUGCAUAUUUUCUAUAGGUUGUACAUAUUUAAUCGAAUUAUCCUCCCUCCCCUCCCUCCGAGCCGCUCAAAAUAAUUAGAAGCUCUGACGAACCAAAUAUAUUAAGUAACAAUACUGUGUACUAAAGUGCAGCCUAAUUAUUUUGAGCUGUGCAUCGAGAUGAGGUAGCAUAACUUAUCGUUCGAUGUAGGUACAAUGCACGAUCAGUUAAACGAUGUACGAUGACCGAACAACAUUGAAGUAGUAUAACACUGCCACCUCCCCGAGGCAAGCGUUUUUAUCCGUGGCUAUCUAACUAUGAAUUGUAAAUCGUACCUUGUAUGUACGAAUCGUUUUCCUUCUUCAAUUGAUUUGUACCACGGCGUCGGACACAGGACAAUUAGAUACCUUAAAAUGCUGUGACAAUUAGGAAUAUUUCUAUAGGUGUUUAGCUAGCGUAGGAAUUUCCUCUACAGUUAAUUACCGUAGACAGCACGAUGUUCCUAUGCGAACAUCGUGCACACAUGUGUUAUGUGUGUGGCUCAAUGUGCACACUACGAACCAAAUCACAAUUUUGUACGGUAGAAAGAAUAGUAUCCAAUAAUAUCCAAUGAUAGGUGACGUUGAAUGAUAGUUGAUUAUGUGUAAAUAGAGAGACGCAACUGAUACAAUAGAAUUGUAAAUGUUUCGACAUUGUUCUUUCACGUUAAAUAACACUGAGUGAAACAGAAAUAGAAAAAGAGAGAGAGACAGAACAAUUUUAUAAGAAUUCUCAGUUUAUGUAGACCAUAUAGAUUCUUUUAUUUCACUACUGCAUUUACUGAUAAGUAUUGAAUAAUAGGGAUGCAUUUAUCUUUGACAAACAUGCACUAACGCAAUACCCAGGCAAAUUUGAUUAUUUUUUCAAUAAUAAAUAUCUUUUCUAAAUAUAUCCGAAGAAACUGAAGAGUUCUCAUGUGGGGAAUGUAUUUUCUAUCUUAGACUAUAGCAAUCGUAGCAAUUGACUCGGUAGAUUAUUAUAGUGCAGUGAUAAAUUUCAAUGACAUAUCAUUCAAUUGAAUUAAUUGUCUUGGAAGCGCAAGGACUACUAUGACUCCGGUAGUAACAAUAAUCUGAGCUAAAUGACAAUGAACAUAGAACUGAGAUUACUGAAACGCGAACGUGUUUCUUAGUUUAAAAAUAAAUCUUGUCGCAGUCUGAAUCUUCGUUUUAUUCAGUUCUAUCGUUCAAGUUUAUGGUGUACAAGUUCUAGCAUAAUAGUAAAUAUGUUUACAAGUUCGUGUAAACGAAAAAUAAAAACAUUACAACGUACGAUACAAGAUAAUUUGGUAUGUGCUCUACAAAUCUUUUUCUUUUUUUCAAUUAAUGAAAUUACUAGUUUCUAAGUAACUUCCAGAGACGUCACUACUACGAAGUUAUUUAUUAAUCUACUAUUUUUAUAUGUAAUUCAUCGGCGAAACACUGUAUAAAUCGUGUGAGAAACAUUGAUAAUUGUAGAACACACGUAUCAAUAUUCUAUAUACACAGUCCUCCUGUACUCUGAUUCUAAAAUUAUAAUUAAACUCAUCUACAAUAUCUGUAUACUGAGACUGUAUUUUAUGAAUAAUUAAAAGAUUGUUGAUUCAAAA